AUGUCAGACGUUACAAUCGAGCCAAUUGAAAAUGAUACGAGAACGUUGGUGGCGAUCGUGGUGGCCGUUUGUUGUGUGCUGAUAACGUUGAUUGCAAUCUUCGUGAAACGAGUGUUCUCGGCUCGAGCGAACACAGUGCUCAUUGUUGGACUGAAUGACUCCGGAAAAACGAUUCUCUUCUCCAAACUCAUCCGGAAAAAAUCUACUCCGGUUACGUAUUCAUCAAUAACGCCAAAUAUUUACGAGGAUUUCCAGACAGUCAAUGGUUUAUCGCUAACACUGAUUGAUUUUCCAGGAACUGAAAAACUGAGGAAACACCUCUUUGAACAUUACUUCGAGCAGAAAGCAUCCUCUCUGAAAGCGGUGAUAUUUUUGGUUGAUAGUGCAACGUUCAGUAAGCGAUCGCGAGAUGUGGCUGAAUUCUUAUAUGAUGUUUUGUUCGAGUCACCGAAACGAGUCAACACACUCGUCGCAUGCAAUAAGCAGGAUCUGUCAUUCGCCAAGAGUGCACAGGCAAUUCGGAGUGCAUUAGAACGAGAAUUUGGCAUGAUAAAUGGAACACGUGAGGCCGCAUUGGACAGUACUGGGGGUGAUGCGAAGAAGAGAGUUUUGACUGAUACUGGUGGGUGCUUGAUGACGACUGCACGAGAUAUUUCGUGCAGUUUUCCUUUCGCAAUGAAUAUUUAA